GAUCCGGUCAGUGUACUUGUAACUUUUCCUCACUCACGCGCUACUUCUUCUCCUCUCACUCUCUCGCGCGCGGCGUGACGGACGUGCUCAACUCUUGGGAGCGCGCUUAUGAUGGAGCACCGCGUUCCGCUGUCCGCGUGCUCACCGUGAAGCCUCACCGGAGUCAUGUGGAGCGGCACGCGCGCUUCCCUGCACUCGGUUUGCCUCAUUCUGACGUUCUGGUUUGAGGUGUGCUUGGCGUCCGGCUACGUGGAGCUGCGUGUGAUCGGCGUGGAGAACAGGAACGGGGAGCUGGCGAACGGCGGGUGCUGCGGUGGAGAGAAGGGGGUGGGGCGGGGCCAGGAGUGCGGCGCUGUGGAGUGCAAAACGUAUUUCAAGGUGUGUCUGAAGGAGUACCAGGUGGAGGUCAUGACCUCUGGCCCGUGCUCGUACGGAACAGCAAGCUCACCCGUCCUCGGGGGCAACUCGAUUCGGCUCGAUGGAUUCAGUAAUAACCGGAACAAAGGCAACAGCGUGGGGACUUUAAUCAUUCCGUUCCAGUUCGCCUGGCCGCGAGCAUACACACUGAUCCUGGAGGCGUGGGACAACAGCACCGUCACUUCUGAUGAUGAGGAGCAGCUGAUCGAGCGCAGUGUGUACCGCGGAGAGAUGAACCCCGGCGAUGAGCGUCAGCUGAUCCAGCACCUCGGACUCACCGCCAGUUUCCAGUACAGCGUGUGCGUGCGCUGCGAUCGCCAUUACUACGGCAACAAGUGCAACAAACUGUGCCGACCGCGCGACGAUGCUUUCGGCCACUUUGAGUGCGAUCACCAUGGUAACCUGCAGUGUUUGGAGGGCUGGACCGGACCCGAGUGCAAGAAAGCGAUCUGUAAGCAGGGAUGCAGUGAGCUGCACGGAAGCUGCUCCGCCCCGGGUCAGUGCACGUGUAGUUUCGGCUGGCAGGGUCCCCUGUGUGACGAGUGUGUGCCGCACCCAGGCUGCGUUCACGGCACGUGUGUGAAGAAGUGGGAGUGUAUCUGUGAGAAGAACUGGGGCGGGCUGAUGUGCGACAAAGACCUAAACUACUGCGGGACGCACCGGCCGUGUGUCAACGGAGGCACGUGUUUGAACAACGAGCCGGAUAAGUACCACUGCGCCUGUCACACCGGCUACUCGGGCAAGAACUGUGAGAUCGUGGAACAUGCGUGCAUGUCUAACCCGUGCGCCAACGGCGGGACGUGCCACGAGGUUUUAUCAGGAUUCGAAUGCCACUGUCCCCCGGGGUGGUCAGGGUCGACCUGCGCCAAAGACAAAGAUGAGUGCAUGUCCAGUCCCUGUGGACACGGAGGAACCUGCAUCGAUCAGGACAACGGCUUCAAGUGUCUGUGUCCACCACAGUGGACGGGAAAAACCUGCCUGAUAGACGUGAAUGAGUGUGUGAAGAGGCCUUGUGCCAACUCUUUCUCGUGUAAAAAUCUGAUUGGCGGAUAUCACUGUGCCUGCCAUCCAGGGUGGGCGGGACCAAACUGUGACAUCAACGUUCGCUCGUGUUACGGUCAGUGUCAGAACGGCGGCACGUGCACGGAUGGGCGUCACGGCUACGUGUGCCAGUGCCAGCCAGGGUAUGUGGGUAAACACUGUGAGGUGCAGCAGAGUGUGUGCGCGAGCUCUCCAUGUCAGAACGGCGGUCAGUGUCACGUCACACACACCGGCUACGAGUGUGAGUGUGUGAGCGGAUACACAGGGACACACUGCCAGGUGCAGGAGGACCCGUGUGUUCCCAACCCGUGUGUGAAUAAAGCUCAGUGCCGCGCCCUGCGCUCGGGGUUCUACUGCGAGUGCACUGACGGUUAUGAGGGCAGAACCUGCGCAGAGCUGACGGACCACUGCAAGACCAGCUCGUGCCAAGUGAUUGACAGCUGCACCAUCUCCGUGACGAACCGCUCCACCCAGGAAGGGGCGUGGCACAUUUCAUCCAACGUCUGCGGGCCACACGGCCGCUGCACCAGCCAAUCGGGAGGCAACUUCACCUGCGCCUGUGUGCCGGGGUUCACCGGGGCGUACUGCCACGAGAAUGUUAACGACUGCGCUCCGUCUCUGUGUGGGAACGGGGGAACGUGUUUAGACGGAGUUAACACGUUCAGCUGUCUGUGCCGUAACGGCUGGGAGGGUCGACUCUGUGACCGCGAGGUAAACGAGUGUGCGUCUGAGCCGUGUAUGAACGGAGGUGUGUGUGUCGAUCUGCACAACGACUUUUACUGCCACUGCAGCAACAACUGGAAGGGCAAGACCUGUCAGUCCCGAGAGAGUCAGUGUGACUCCACGACGUGUUUGAACGGUGGAACCUGCUUCGAUCACGGAGACUCGUACCGCUGUGCGUGUCCCCCUGGUUUCGGAGGCAGCACCUGUAACUCAGUGACGAACAGCACGUGCGACUCUCAGCCGUGCGCUAACGGGGGCACCUGCGUUGAAAAGGGCGUGGCCUUCACCUGCAUCUGCAAGGAUGGGUGGGAGGGGCCGACCUGUACUGCGAAUGUGGAUGACUGUAAUCCUCACCCAUGCUAUAACGGAGGCGAGUGUGUGGACGGAGUGAACUGGUUCCGGUGUCAGUGCGCCCCCGGGUUCGCCGGCCCCGACUGUCGCAUCAACGUGGACGAGUGUCAGUCGUCUCCCUGCACGUACGGAGCCACGUGUGUGGACGAGAUCAACGGUUAUCGGUGUGUGUGUCCCGUGGGCCGAACCGGAUCCCGCUGUCAGGAGUUUAUCGGUGUCGGGAAGGCGUGUCAGCACUCGGGCGUGUCCGUUCCUCACGGCUCCCGCUGGGACGACGACUGUAACGGCUGUCAGUGUAUAAACGGAAAUAUCAAGUGCACUAAAGUGCACUGCGGCGGGCGGCCCUGUCUGCUCGACUCCCACGACCCUCAGUGUGCUGGCGGGCAAGAGUGCACACCGCAUCACUUCCUGUUUUGUCUCCGCCCACCGUGCCAGCCGUGGGGCGUCUGUUCUCGUCCCAAUCCUCCACCAAUCAGCACCGGGUGUCGACCCAACACCAACUACGCAGACAGUCAGUGUGCGCGCGUCACCCUCGUGUUCGAUACAGACAGCGUGCCUCCGGGAACCACAGUCGAUAGCAUCUGUUCCGAACUCAGAUAUCUCCCAAUCACACGAACCCUCGCUCAAGACCACACCCUCUUUAUUCUCUGUGACCAAUCACAGUCGAGCAGCAACGCUGUGGAGGUUGCCAUGUCAUUUGAACAGAGCGCUGCGUCUGAGGAUCACGCAGACAUACAGGGAGUCGUCAGCUCCGUCAUCAGCAUCCUCUCCAAACGCCACAACAGCACGCUGCUGCUGGCCAUCCGGGAGGUCAAAGUUGAAACUCAGGUCACCCCCCCAUCGCUGGAUUACCUGGUCCCACUGCUGUGCACGCUGUUCUCCGUGUUGUGGAUCUCCUGCAUGGUGGUGUGUGUCUGCUGUUUCCUCAAGCGCAGGAACAUGAGAGAACACAUCAACGCGCCAGUAGAGGAGAGCAUCAAUAACCAGCGGGGGGCGCUUCUGAGCAUCCGUCCGUCUUACGGAGAGGACAGGAAGAGCGCGAUGUAUCCUCUGGACAGGAUCGGAGACGGGGCGGAGAAACAGGACGAGGACGAAGAGGAGGACGAGGACGACGGAGGCGGUCCGGGGCUGGUGGUGGACAAGUGUCCUUCCUUAAAGUACACUAAAGGGGAGGGGGUGUACACGGUUUGCAGCGCGGCCCAGACACAUCCUUUAAGGACGCAAUACAGCGACAAAGACAACCGGUGUAAAGACCUGAACCGGAGCGAGCGAGACGCCGAUCGCCACCUAUGAACGAGACUGUCUGAUUCUUCACACUCUCCUCUUUCUGUUUACACUCGCACCAUUAUUAAGAUGAUUAUUUUGUAAAGUAAAACAGGACCUGUCUGUACGGGAACGUGGUUGGAGACGAAUCCAGAAACGGCAGCUCGGAAGCGUGCAGAAUACGUAAACCCCGUGUGUUUUCCAGACUAUACGAUGCGUUUAUUCCUCUGGUUCAUGUGCACAUGCUGAGUUCACAGCAAAGUCGUGUUUAUGUCAUGGAUAUUAAACAUAAAACGAACCAGACGGGCCGGACGAUACGGCUCAGGCACUUUUAUUUGUGAUCAUUUAUCGUUUAUUUUAUCACAACCAGGCUUUAAAAUUAUUUUAAUGACUAUAAUUUUAACGUUAUUUUUAUUUAAAUAUAUAAUAAUAUGAUAACAUAAACCACUCGGAGCAACAAUAAAAAAAAAAAAGUGAAAAUAUCUUGACUCUAGUCAAAUAAUUGUGUAUAAGUUCUUAGUGUAAGAUUAAAGCAAAACAAAUCUAAGGUUAUUAAGCCUAUUUUUAGACAAAUUGUACUUGUAAAUUUCUUACUCUAUAAAGUAGAAAGUUUUGCUUGUUUUAAGCAUUUUUUCUUAAAGAUUUUUUAUUUUAUGCUUGUACGCUUAGUAAAAUGUGUCUAGAAAUGAGCUCCUAUAAUCUUAGAUUUGCUUUGUUUUAAUCUUAAAUAAAUAAAUAUUUCACUAGACGUCUUCACUAUUCCAUUGUGCCAUUUAGCAGCAAUUUGUGCCUUUUACUCGUUUAAAGAAACAACAGUGGGAAAACUAAAUUUUAGCAGUAAGGAAUGACUUUAAUUUUAGUUCAAUUUAAGUAAUUACGUCCAAAAUAAAAAUGAGUUUUAUUAAGGUUAGUGGUUUAUUUUUCCUAUUAAAGUGAGAAGGAAAAAUUUCCCAGCAAUAUAAACUGACACCAGUUUCUAAACUGAGUAAUAAAGUGAUCAUAAAAAUUUUACAAGAAACAGAAAAAAGUGGAAAACAGAACUGUAAUAAGGAAUCACAUGAAACAUUGUAGCUUAAAACAGGAUGUUUGAUGAUGUGUCGUAGCUACAAUAUCGUAUCGUAUCGUAUAAAAACGUAUCGUGAUGUCGCAGGAUUGAUAUCGUACCAUCGUAUCGUCUGACGCUUAACGAGAAAUAAACUCGCUUGAGGAAUUAUGACGCAUUCGGGAAAGGUCAAAAUCAUUAGACUGAAGCUAAAUCAGUCAAAUAAAGAGUUUAUAUUAUUUUAAGUUUAUAUAAGCGAGGUAAGUUUUUUUUUCCUUUUUUUAACAACGCUGGUUGUAGUUUUUGUACUAAACAUUACGUACAUUAAUGUAUCUUGUCCAGUGAGACAUCGUGAUGUUUAUUGUCUCUGUCCCUGAUCAGACAGGGAAAAUGGGUUUAUGUUUUAUAUUCUGGAAGCAUCUAUAGUCCGGAAAAUCCAUCACACUGAGUCGAGCCUUCAGUCGUUAGAUCCUUCGUCUCCGAUCAUCCGAGUGUAAUAAACGUUUCAUUUCUAAGGUCUAUGACAUUUCAUUUCUUUUUUUCUUUUUUUAUACUGUAUGGUCACCACCAGUUUGAUUGACAAAGACAGAAAAUCUGUUAAAAAUUGAAAUAAAAUAACUGAAUGUGUAUAUGUGUAAAUAGGAAAGAGUUAUAGCUGUGUAUAUUUGACUUUAGUAACUUAAGAGACUUUUUUAUUUUUACUAUUGUGGUUAUUAUUAAUAAUAAUAAUAUUUCUUUCAAAUGUUUUUGCUUCAUAUUUCUUUUUUAAAAUAUUGUCAUUCCUAUUAUUUAUGUUGGCUCAAUGUUUUUUUUUUUAAAGAUUAUAUAAAGAAUAAAUAAACCCCAGGACUUCCGAUCACUGUGUUUGCGUUCCUGGUUUUGCUCUGAAGUAUGUAAUCAGGAAUCUGUCGGAAUUAGUGGAAAGAAUUUGUUCAGACAUCUAACUUCACAAAUCAGCCUGUUUCCUGUUUUCAAACUAAGGAUGUCCCCCUUCAAGUGUUUGAUGGCUUCUUUUUCCUCUCAGGCACUAGCAGGUGAUUUUUUUUUUACUUUAUUAUUUCUUUUCCCCAGAAAUUAUGGAGUUUUUUUUUUCCCUUUAUUAUGUUGUAAGACAUUAUGGACGCAAAAGUGGAUCAGCGUUUUUUGUUAAAAGUUAAAACUUGUGCUAAUGAAGACAGAGAGAAUUUAUGUUUCUGAGUGAAACACACACACACACACCACCUGUGUUUGUUCAAGGUGAUGGGUAAAACAACUUCAAAGUCCUUUUAAAAAAUAAAAAUGUUCAACAAAAA